AUGGCUGUGAUUGAAAAGGAAAAGCGCGGUGACAAGAAGGCUCCUGUGGUGAUCGACGGGGCUGUCGGAUCGGCAGACGAUUCGAAAGGCACCGACGAGCAUGCAGCUAAGGAUGCAGUGGAGGAAGCCGUAGAACCGACUGCAAAAAAUGAUCAGCCAUCUCCGUUGGCGAUCGUGGAACCGCUUUCUGAGUCUGAUAAAGAGCUAAAGAAACGGUUGGAGUAUUUGAUGAGCAUUCUCUCCGGUGACAAGGUGUGUGGCACAUAG